AUGCUUUUUACCUCCGCCGCCUCUCCUCUGUUGUUGCCAAUUCUUGAAGGAGUAAUUUGUUGCAGAUCUGACCCUUCGUCGUCCUCAUAUAUCCUCUUUUUGAGCUGUUGUUACUGCGGUUUAGUGCCAGUUAUCAAAACAUCCACUACGGCCGAGAAUCCGGGUCGGAGAUUCUAUGGUUGUCAUCACCAUGCGGAUGGUUUGUACCAUAUNUUCAAGUGGUGGGAUGAGGCUAUAAUGGAAGAGUUUGAAGAGAUGAAACUGGUGGUCGAACAACAAGCUGAUUUAAUUCGUUACUUCAAAAGUAACGAGAGCCAGGCCUUACGUGAUUGUGUUGAUAAACCAAUGAUUCGGCAUUGCAUUCAUAAAACAGACAUAGAGCUAGCNCAACUGAAGGAGAUGAUUAUUGAGAAUCGUUACAGAAGCGUCGAGGUGAAGAAUACGAUAGUAGCGCGUCUAAUCAUCGUAUGUGUGAUAGUUAUUCGUAAUCUUCUUCUCCUUUUCCUUCUCGCCUUCGGUGAAAAACAAGUAAAAACAAGCAUCCUCAUUUCAUCGUCUCCUUCUCGCGGCCGAUUGCUCCUUCUAAACAAGGUUACCGAUUGUCGGCAUCUUCUCUUUCUCGCCGCCGAGGCCUCACCGUCGUUUGAAGAAGAAAGAUCUGGUUCUUCCUCACCGUCGUUUGAAGAAGAAAGAUCUAGAAACCGCUUGGUUCGCUUCGAUUUCAACUUUGAUAUCUCUCAAAGAUUUUGGUUGUUGCUGAUAAUGUCUAAUAUGGAAAUUCCGUUGAGGCUUUAUACAAAAGGCCAAGAACCUCCUCCGGCUAAAAGCAUAGGUUAUUAUGCGGGUGAUAAAAAACUGUUUGAAACUCUAGUUCAAGAUGGUGUACUACAACCAGAUGAAUUGAAUGAGCUUUAUUACUCGAAACUGGGUGUGUUCCUUCAAGCGAAUCUGGAAACUCCGGAAAUGGAGGUUACCGAUGAGAUGAAAGCAUUCUCGGAGCUUCUAAGAGUGGAUUUGGAGAUGGGUCCAUGUAUUAAUGAUUUAGUUGCAGCUUGUGUUGCAUGCCAAUCAUGGUCUCGGGUCGAUCGCAUGAGGUUAGGAUAUCUUUGCAUCUAUGCUGGUUAUAUUGAAGGUCGGAGAAAUUCAAUACCCAUCCCGGUUAAGAUUGCUAGAUUAAUUAUGGAUUUAGAUGAUUUUGUGAACUACCCGUGGGGACGAGUGGCUUUCAAGAAUUUGUUACAGUCUGUUAAGGAUAAAGACUUGACGAAGUUGUCUUAUACCAAUAUAAAGAGCUUUGUUAUGAAGAAUGCUAUGGUUGAGAUGCUCCCUUUCUGGGAUGGUGAUGUAGCAGAUGCAAAGGUUGAGAACAUUCUCAAUGUAGCAUUUGAUAAAGGCUGGAACUGGCAAAUUAGUCACUGGCCAGUUGUUGGUGUUAAGUUCUACAAGUGUGUCAAAGAAGAAUCAAUCUCUAACAAUGUGAAGUCUGAAACAAGUUAUGUGAAGUCUGAACCAGGAAAUGUGAAGUCUGAAACAGGGUAUGGGAAGUUUGAAACUCUCAGCUUUCACACAGACGGACAAAGCCGGAAGAGGUCUCGUAGUGGCUUGUCAAGAAAGAUAGAUGAUGGUUUUAGUAGGUUUGAAAAGAAGAUUGGUGGCCUUAGUAAUAAGGUGGUAGCUAUGGAGAAGUCUAAAGUGAAAGGUGCAGAGAAAUUGGCAGUGGAAGAUGGAGAGAAAGGGGAAGAGCAAUUGAAUAAGAAGGUGAAAUCCAACGCUGCUUCACCAACUAUUGCUGCGGAAAAAGGCGAGAAUGAUGAUUUAUCAGAACAACAUGCACCAUGGGAUUUCUGA